AUGGCCACACGUUUCUUUAUCGGGGGUUGUAUUACCGUGUGGAUGCAGCUAAGUCUCAGGAUUCAAAAGAAUGCUUUUGAGAGCCUGCUUCUUCUCACGGAAUCCUUCACGUGGGAGGACCAACCACAAACAGAUCCCGACACCAAAAGCUUGACAAUGGCUGGAGUCAUCCCACGCUUUCUGAAACACAUGAGAUACGUCUUGCUGUCCGUCAGUGUGUACCACGCCGUCCAAUCAUCAGUACGAGUGAUCAUUUACGAUGAUUUGGUUUUUGAUACAUGGUACCCUUUUGACACCUCCGAAGGUCUGCCGGUACUAAUAACUGGUAUUUUCCAGGUGUUUGGAACAAUCUUGAUGUUGGCAACAAUGUCCGCCUUCUCGGGUCUCUAUGGUAUCAUGAUGUGCGUGGCGUGCAGUCAGCUGGAGAAGCUGAGGGCAGCUCUCCUGGACAUCAAACAGGAGACCUCAGAGCACGAGGAAACGUUCAGUCGCAUGCAGGAUCAGCUCAAUGCCUGCAUACGUCAUCACCAGGAGAUAAAAAGGUUCAUGCAGACACUUGAAGACGUGUACAGUCCCUGUUUCUGUGGCCUGUUCCUCAUCUCUCUUAUCACCUUCUGCUUCUUCGCCUUCUCCACAGUCUUGAGUUGGGGGAAUCCUGGAGACGUAAUACAGGGUCUGGCGGCCUAUUCGCUCCUAUUCGCAUGCGUGUUCAUAUUCUGCAGGCUGGGAACUGAGUUGACUGCGCAGGCGGAGAGUGUGGGCGAUUCGGCUUGGGGAUGCGACUGGGUUGGCACUCCUGUACAAUUCCAGCGCUGCCUGGCCUUCGUCAUUGCAACAGCUCAAAAGGAGUUCACACUCACAGCUGGAAAAUUUGUUCCCGUUUCCAACACCACGAUGAUGAACAUGCUGAAUCAGUCGGUGUCUCUCUUCAUGUUCCUUCUCCAAAUGAAAUACAGAAAUGAUGGCGAAAAAGAGGGAAAAUUAAUUUGAAGGAAUGGUAAACUCACGGGAGGCUCCGCAACUAGCAGCUUUAGAAGACAAUAAGAGAGAACACACUUCACACUACACA